AACACCGGGUGGGACCUGAGCAUCCGACAAACCAGGCGCUCAUUUAUUCACGGCACCCAGACCAAUUGUCGAUAGAUUUUUUUUUUCCUUCUGGAAAAAUAUAGACUAGUUGAUCUUUGGAAGUUGUGUUUCUUUUCACAGACAAAAUUGGGAACUGGAGAUAAAAAAUCUAUGGAAUUAUUAGUCUUAGUUUCUCGUUUCUUUUGUCAUUUUUGAGCUGCCUGGUCGCCAAUCUUUUGUCAACCAUUAAUUCGCCUAUUUACCGUGAGUGACAGUGGAAGAUGGUUUCCCGGUUAUAUGCUCAGAAGUACCCCCUGGUGUUGCUCUGCACGCUGGCUGCCCUGUCAUGGACUUGGGGCCCGGUAACAGCGGGUAGGAGUUGCUCGGAGACACGGCAUGUGUACGCAGAGAAGGGCUACAGUACGAACACUGCCCCGCUGACUCAAAUCUCCGGCGAGCAUCUGCGUCUGUGUCCCCAGGACUACACCUGCUGCUCCAGUCAGAUGGAGGAAACUCUGGCCCACCAGAGUGAGACGGACUUCCUGUCGGCCAUCGACGACACCAGCCAGUUCCUUCACACCACUUUCACACAGAGGCACCGCAAGUUUGACGAGUUCUUCAGAGAGCUCAUAGACUUGUCUGAAAAGUCCAUGAAUCAGAUGUUUACUAAGACCUACGGGCGCCUCUUCACCCAGAACGCCAAUGUCUUCCAGGAGCUGUUUGUGGAGCUCCGUAGAUACUACUCAGGGGGCAGUGUGAGCCUGACGGAGGUGCUGUCAGAGUUCUGGUCCAGACUGGUAGAGCGGGUCUUCUCUCUGGUCAACCCCCAGUACCAGUUCAGUGACGAGUACCUGGAGUGUGUCAACAAACAUGCAGAGCAGCUGCAGCCCUUUGGGGACCUGCCCCGGAAACUAGGCUUACAGGUGUCCAGGGCAUUCAUUGCAGCCAGAGCACUGGUUCAAGGCUUGGCCACAGGCCGUGACAUUGUCAACAAGGCUGCAAAGUUGAGUGCUGGUGCAGGGUGUGUGCGUGCCCUGAUGCGUCAGUGGUACUGCCCAUUGUGUCGAGGCAUGCCCUCCCUGCGCCCCUGCCAUGCUCUCUGCCUCAACGUGAUGAAGGGCUGCCUGGCCAAUACAGCCGAUCUGGACACUGAGUGGAACAAUUUCAUUGAUGCUCUGUAUCAAGUAUCUGAGAAGCUGGAGGGGCCCUUUAACAUGGAGCUGGCUGCAGACUCCAUCUCUGUUAAAGUGUCCGAGGCCAUCAUGCACAUGCAGGAGAACAGCAUCGCCACCUCCACUAAGGUGUUCCAGGGCUGUGGGAGUCCCAGACUGGCCCCGGGCCGUUCUCGGCGCUCCCCCAAGGAGUCAGGGGGCAACAGGAGACCCUUCCGUACGUUCAGCCCUGAGGAGAAGCCCACCACUGCUACAGGCACCAACCUGGACCGACUGGUGUCAGAGCUGAAGGAGCGACUGCGGCCCAUGCGGGGCUUUUGGCUCUCUCUUCCACACACCAUCUGCAACGACAAGAACAUGGCCACCGACAUCACCAACGAGGACCGCUGCUGGAAUGGAGAGACCAGGGGGAGGUACCUCCCUGACGUGACAGGCGAUGGCCUGAUGAGUCAGAUCAAUAACCCAGAGGUAGAGGUGGACAUGGCCAGGCCAGACGUGAGGACCAGACAGCUCAUCAUGGAGCUCAGAGUAUCCACCAACAGACUGAAACAUGCACAGGCUGGUAGGGACACUGACUUCAUGGACAGUGAGAUCGAAGAGGGCAGUGGAUCAGGCGGCGGAGGGGAGAGGUACAGUGAUGAUUGGCCUGGCUACAGGCCCUACUCCCCUCCCUACAGUAAACCCCCACUUAACCCCCAGACACCCAUGAAGCCCCCUCGGGUCAGAGACCGAACCGGAUCAAAGUGGAACAGGAGUAAGGGACAGUCCAUCUCAGCUGUCAGCCGGCCAGCCUUCUUCUCACUGGCGGUUUUGUUUUGGUUAUCAGUUAUGGUCACUGUCGCCCCCUUUUGGAGAUAACCAGUUACUACAGCCUGAAGCUCAGGGUUGUGUUCAUUAUGGCAGCUAAUGAAAAAAACUUUUUGAAACACAAAAUGAAAAUAAGCAUUUCUUAAUGGAUAAAUUCAGGCAAUCACACCUUGUUUCAGGCAGUUUCUUCUGUUUGGUGCCUAUUGAAUACGACCCAGCUGAGGUUGGGUUGAGGAGGGAUGUUGUGAGCCUAUUUAAUCAUCAGCACAAUGACAGUAAAUACGUUUGCUUAUUCUAGAGGAGAAAGAGAGGAGUUGAAUCUAAAAUGUGCAUGAAUCCAGCACAAAAUAAUCUCCUUGUGGAAAAUGUAUUCAAGCACAAGGGAAAUUACAUUUCCUAUGAUUGGCUAUCCCAAAGGUUCCCAAACUGUGGGGUGCAAGUUGCAGAUCAACUAACCCAGGGCUGCCCAACCCUCU